UCGUCGUGCGUCAGGGGGAGUAAAAGCCGUUGGCGGCGUCAUGUCGGCGGGAGGCUUGCUAGAGAAGCCGCAGAUCAUCGCGCACACGCAGCAGGGCCUGAGUUACACGGUCUUCGAGUGCAAGUGGGUGCCGUGCAGCGCCCGCCUCGUCUGCCUGGGCAGCUUUCCGCGCGGCACCGGCGUCAUCCAGCUCUACGAGCUGCAGGGCGGCCGCCUCAGCCUCCUCCGCGAAAUUGAAAAGUCAAGGCCUAUUAAAUGUGGAACCUUUGGUGCUUCUUCUCUGCAGCAAAGAUAUCUAGCUACAGGGGAUUUUGGUGGAAACUUAAAUAUAUGGAAUUUGGAAGCUCCAGAAAUCCCAGUGUACUCUGUAAAGGGACAUGAAGAAAUCAUAAAUAGCAUUGAUGGCAUUGGUGGCUUAGGAAUUGGGGAAGGAGCGCCAGAAAUUGUGACAGGAAGUCGUGAUGGGACGGUGAAGGUGUGGGACCCAAGACAAAAAGACAUUCCUGUUGCCAAUAUGGAACCAGCACAAGGAGAGAGCAAGAGAGACUGCUGGACAGUGGCAUUUGGCAAUGCAUAUAAUCAAGAAGAGCGUGUUGUAUGUGCUGGCUAUGACAAUGGGGACAUCAAGUUGUUUGACCUUAAGAAUAUGACAUUGCGCUGGGAGACCAACAUUAAGAAUGGGGUUUGCAGUGUUGAAUUUGACAGGAAAGAUAUAAAUAUGAACAAAUUGGUAGCUACGUCACUUGAAGGAAAAUUUCAUAUUUUUGACCUGAGAACUCAGCACCCAUCUAAAGGCUUUGCUUCAGUUUCAGAGAAGGCCCACAAAUCCACCAUGUGGCAAGUUCGGCACCUUCCACAGAACAGAGAUAUCUUUGUGACUAGUGGAGGAUCUGGAAACCUUCAUCUUUGGAAAUAUGAGUACCCUGCACAGCGCUCUAAGAAAGAUUCAGAUGGAACUGAGAUGGGAGUGGCAGGUUCAGUGAGCCUUCUACAGAACGUGACAUUGUCAACGCAACCUAUUUCUAGCCUUGACUGGAGUCCAGACAAGAGUGGUCUCUGUGUUUGUAGUUCAUUUGACCAGACUGUGAGAGUACUGAUUGUCACUAAACUGAACAGGAUUUGACCAAAUGAUUUCUACAAAAGAAAAACUUUCAUACACGUUCCUGAACAAGCUUUUAGAAGUUUAAUGAAAUGUCACUGUAUGACCUCAUGUCAUGCAACAAAACGUGGAAAACUUGGUCUAGGGUGCCUUCUUUUCGUUUUUAACCUCUUAGAGGCGAAUCAUACAUUUCUGCAAAUUGUGCCUUGAUUUCAGCACAUUUAAAACCUGUUUACUGUGUUUGAUACACUCAAUUUGAAAAUACCUUAUGUUCAUGGCAUCGUUUGUGCGGUAGUAUCAAUUUGUUGACCCUUGUUAAAAUUGUUUUUAAUAUGUAUUAUAUGUGUCCAUUGCUCACAAAACUAUAAUUUGGUCCUAAGAUACCCUAGAAAACAGCGUUCCGAAUCAGAGCACAUUUUUGUGCUCUAAAGGACUGCAUUUGUUGAUAUGUUUGUCAACAUGGCUUGGAUUGCACUUUGUGCAUUUAAAUUUUGAAUGGCUAUGUUUUAAUGGAAUAAAGUUAAAUAUUUGUUAUGAUG